AUGAGUCUCGAGCAAAGAAACCAAAAGAUCGUGGAGACUUUUGAAAAAUAUAAAAUUGGAGAAUGGGGUAACGGAACAAUUCGAACGUGCGCCCAAGUGGCAACAAACGUGGUGGAACAAAAACACCAGGUGUCCAGAGCUAAAAGAAGUAGAGCAUUAGGCAGCAGAGCGUUCAGAGGCAGCACAGUCUGGUUCACUGGUUUGAGUGGCGCUGGAAAAACCAGCAUAGCGUUUGCUCUUGAAGCGUAUCUUGUUUCUAAAGGUAUCCCAGCAUACGGUCUCGAUGGCGACAACAUCCGCACUGGUCUCAACAAAAAUUUGGGAUUUACAAAGGAGGAUAGAGAAGAGAAUAUCAGACGAGUGGCCGAAGUAGCCAAACUAUUUGCGGAUAGUGGGGUCGUGUGCUUGUGUAGUUUUGUUUCUCCUUUCGCAGAGGAUAGAGAGGUAGCACGUAGAAUUCAUACGGACUCUGAUUUGCCGUUCUUCGAAGUAUUCAUAGAUACUCCACUCGAAGUUUGCGAGCAGAGGGACACGAAAGGCCUGUACAAGAAGGCUAGAGAGGGACAGAUUAAGGGAUUUACGGGUAUCACACAAGAGUAUGAACGUCCCGAAGCUCCCGAACUCGUCAUACAAACAGUUGGGCGGUCAGUGGAAGAAUCUACUAUGGAAGUCGUCCGUUUAUUGGAAUCGCAAGGCAUUAUUCCGCGUUACGCAGUAGACAGCUCGGGUGUAGAAGAACUGUUCAUAUACGGUAAUAGACUGAGUAGCGCCAUCGAGGAAGCAGCGAGAUUACCACAGAUUGAAAUAACCAAACUAGAUUUGCAAUGGGUUCAAGUACUGUCCGAGGGUUGGGCGUUUCCACUCAAAGGUUUUAUGCGAGAAAUCGAAUAUUUGCAAGCACUCCAUUCAAACUGCCUCACUCUGCCCGGGGGUGGGAUAGUGAACCAAUCUGUGCCAGUAGUGUUGCCAGUACACACAGUGGAUAAGGAAAGGUUGGCAGGAGCUAGUGCCAUAGCUCUGAACUACAAUGGCAAGACUGUGGCAAUACUGAGAGCCCCCGAAUUCUAUCCCCAUAGGAAAGAAGAGAGGUGCUCGCGUCAGUUUGGGAUAUAUAACACUGGACAUCCCUAUAUUAAGAUGAUCGAAGAGUCCGGUGACUGGCUCGUAGGCGGUAACUUGGAAGUGUUCGAGCGUAUACGUUGGAACGAUGGCUUGGACACGUACCGUCUUACUCCCAAUGAAUUGAGGGAAAAGUUCAAAGAACUUAAUGCUGAUGCAGUUUUUGCUUUCCAGCUCCGUAAUCCGAUCCACAAUGGCCACGCUCUGCUGAUGCAGGACACGCAGAGACAGCUGGUAGAACGUGGAUUCAAGAAACCUGUGCUUCUGUUGCAUCCUCUUGGUGGUUGGACUAAAGACGACGACGUGCCUCUAGAGACUCGUAUAAAUCAACACAAAGCAGUUCUCAAUGAGGGUGUUCUGGACGCGCAGUCCACUGUUCUAGCCAUUUUCCCUUCGCCCAUGAUGUACGCUGGACCUACUGAGGUGCAAUGGCACGCCAAGUGCCGGAUGAACGCGGGCGCGAACCACUACAUAGUGGGGCGCGACCCCGCCGGCCUCCCGCACCCCGCCGCCGCCGGCGACCUGUACGACCCGCGGCACGGCGCCCUGGUGCUGGCGCACGCGCCCGGCCUCAGCGACCUGGAGAUAAUUCCAUUCCGUGUGGCUGCGUACGACUCGUCCGCGGGCAAGAUGGCGUUCUUCGAUCCCACGCGUAAAGAGGAUUUCGAUUUUAUAUCUGGAACUAGAAUGAGAGGUCUUGCAAAAACAGGCAAAGAACCGCCUAAAGGUUUCAUGGCGCCGAGCGCUUGGAAAGUAUUAUCAGAGUAUUAUCAAUCCCUCAAAUCCAAAAUGGACACCAAU